AUUACGGACACGGACACCCCCCCACCUCCCGGACCCUCCUUUCUCUCCCCUCCCCCCUCCUCACCCAAGAACUGCAACUGCACACGGCUCGCCACAAGGAACGUACGGGCGACGCCGCAUCCGGACGGCAGGCUAUGAAGACGAGGCGCGGCGCGUGCUACUCCUGCCACGCGGCGGCCGGCGACGGCCCGGAGGCGCUGCACCGCCGGAAGAGGCGCCGAACCGCGGCGGCCGAGGGGUCGCCGGCGGCGGCCGGGUGCGGUGGCGGCGCCGGCCUGGGAGACAUGUUCGAGGAGCUGCCUGACGAUCUCGUCGUGUCGAUACUCCGCGACGUCGCGUCGUCCGCCGGGUCGCCGGCUGACCUCGCCGGCGCCAUGCUCACGUGCAAGAGAUUCCGGGAGCUCGGGCAGAGCAAGGUGGUGCUGGCGCGGGCGUCGCCGCGGUGCCUCGCCGUGCGCGCCAAGGCCUGGUCGGACGACGCGCACCGCUUCCUGCAGCGUUGCGCGGACGCCGGCAACCUGGAAGCCUGCUACCUUCUUGGCAUGAUCCGGUUCUACUGCCUUGGCAGCCGCGGGUCCGGCGCGGCGCUGAUGGCGGCGGCGGCGGUGGGCGGCCACCGCGAGGCGCUCUACUCGCUGGCCGUGAUCCAGUUCAACGGCAGCGGCGGGAGCAAGGACGACCGCGACCUCCGCGCGGGGGCCGCGCUGUGCGCGCGCGCGGCGUCGCUGGGCCACGUCGACGCGCUCCGCGAGCUCGGUCACUGCCUCCAGGACGGCUACGGCGUGCGGCGCUCCGUGCUGGACGGGCGCCGCCUCCUUAUCCAGGCCAACGCCCGCGAGCUCGCCGCCGCGGUCGCCGCCUCGGCGGCCGCGCCACCGCUCCGCGCCGGCGGGAGCGGCAACGGCAACGGCGGCGGGAAGGCGGCGGCCUCGCGGCGGCACUCGUGCCUGCUGAGCGACUUCGGGUGCCGCGCCGCGGCGGCGGCGGCGGCGGGGGAGGCGCACGCGGCGAACCGGUUCCUGGUGGACUGGUUCGCGUCGCGGCCGCUCGCCCAGGCCGCGGCCGGGGCGGGCGCCGUGACGGCGGCGGCGGCGGCGGCGGUCUCGCCGGAGGACGACGGCGCGGGCGGCGCGCUGCGGCUGUGCUCGCAGGCGCUGUGCGGGCGGCCCGAGACGCGGCGUCACGAGUUCCGGCGGUGCUCCGUGUGCGGCGUGGUGAACUACUGCUCCCGCGCGUGCCAGGCGCUGCACUGGAAGAUGGCCCACAAGGCGGAGUGCACGCCCACGGACCGGUGGCUCGACGCCGCCGCCGCGCACCCCGACGCCGGCAACGCCGCCAAUGGCGACGCCGCGGCGGUGGCCCCGGCGCCGUGACGCCAUCUGCUCGCGUCGUCCGUUUUCUUGUCACUUCUUACUUUAGCAAUUAGCAACGUCGGUUUUUACUGUCCCCCCCGGCCGGCCGUUCUUUUUCUCUUUUGUUUCUUCUGCUGUCGUUUUUCGCCCCCUGCUUCCUCCUGUAACCUGUACAUGGUUGGUUGGCAUGCUGAGGUAACAUUAUGGCAAAGCGAAAGUUUUUCCUAAAAUUCUUUUCACAAAAUUAUCAAUGGACUUUAAAAAUUUCUUUGCCUGAAAUCAUAUCACCCAUAGCACAUCCUAACAGUAUACUCCCGCCACUUCAGCACAUGUAGACCCCUCAGUCCACACGCACACCAUUCCUUCCCUCUCCUCUCUCUUUCUCGGCGCCGUAUCUCAACCAUAUACUCCGACGAGCUCGAGCCCGACGGUGCUGGCCUCAUCCUCUCCCUCCACAUGGACGUCCUCCAACUGAUCUCCAUGCACCUCCGCGGUAAUCAGCAAGCAAUCAAACAAGCAUCGAUUUUUUUUGGAAGAAUUGGGGAGCUACUAGAGUCUACGUUUUUUUUGUCUUCUCCUUCCUAAAUAAGGAAUAAGGUUUUUGGGCAAUAAAGGGGAACUCUUGGAGUUCCAGAGCACAUCCAGCAGUGAA